ACCUUGUGCUUGCCAGAUUUUAAGUUUAAAUAUGCUGAUACUUGGCUUUUUCAAAAGGUAGCAGACUCACGUUUCUGUUUUCUUUCUUUCUUUCUUUUUUUUUUUGUCUUUUUCCUUUUUAUCGGUACCGGGGAUCGAACUCAGGACCACCUGCUUGCAAGGCAGGUGCUUAUGCCGCUGAGCUAAAUCCCCAGCCCUCUUUAUUCACUCUUGAUCACUUUAACCACAGUUGCUGUAUUAAACCGAAUUAUAAGUAAACCAAACAGGAAGAUAACAGUAAGAGUUUUUGGAGUAGGGAAAGGGGGAGAGAGUAGGGAGGGAAAGAGAAUCAGACUUUGGAACAUAGCACCAGGUCAGUAGAUGAUGUUACAGCUGUCAGUCUUUUCCUUACCAGUGCUGGCUCGCCCCCUAGCUGUGAAAGAAUGGAAAUGCGGCAGCCGACCACAGACCCGAGACAAGGCUGUGUGAGCCAAGCUUGCAUGGUUGAAAUCUCCAGAGGGCAUUGUUCACCUGCCUCAUGGUAUGAAGUUGAAAUCACGCCUGUAAUCCCACUCGGGAGGCUGAGGCAGGAGGAUCGUUGUGAGUUCCAGACGAGCCUGGGCUACACAGUGAGCUCAAGGCCAGCCUGAACUGCACAGUGAGACCCUGUCUCAAAAAGACCAAAAAAAAAAAAAAAAAGUGAAAGAUCUUGCAUAAUAGUUCAUGCUGGCUUCCUUGUAAUUUUGAACGAAUUAAAACUGAUGUAUGAGCUAUUUUUGUUUUGGAGUGAGGGGGAGAUUGUAUAUGCUUUUAUUUCUAAUCUGGUAGUGUACCUGGUAUAUGUGCUCACCUAAUCCUUAGAGAUAAGUUAGUUCUAUAAAAAAGAUUUGCUGCUGUUUACUCUGUUGUGAGCUAACACUUCCUCAGCUGGGGUAAGUGUAGAGAACUUAAACAAAUCUGAUCAACAGUAGCUUAGAAUUGUGCUAGCUAAGGGGUGACUCUAGCUCUAGUUUCUCCCUGACAUACACUGAUUGAGCAGAGCCUCGGGCGCAGAGAACAGGCUGGUGGAGCUGCACUGUCCCUGCACUGUGGAUAGAAGUUCGGGCACACACGCAGUCAGUCGCCUGGGCCCAGGCUGCCUUCCAGUAGGUGCAGCCACAAAGCACGUAAGAGUCUCCCCACCUCCUACCCCAACUCAGAGGUGGCCAUGGGCAGCAGCUUGCUGAUCCAUCUAGCUUGCUGUGACCUUAGCAGGAGGCAGCAGUUUUCUUUCUGGGCCACUUUGGUUCUGGUGGUUUUACCUGCUGCCUCUGUCAGACAAGUCUGUUUCGUUGCCUGCUGCCACACUUUUCACAGCAUGUGGCGAGAUUCAAACUGGGAGGUGCAGUUUCCAAAAGUCCCAUACAUAAACGUUUAAGGGGUGCUGUGAACAUUUUAGAACCAAAGUAGCUCAGACAAUUAAAAUGUAAGUAUAUGCUGGGUGUGGUGGUGCGGGUGCCUGUAAAGCCAGCACUCAGGUGGCCAACACAGGCUUUCUGUGAGUUUGAGGCUGGACUAAGGCUACAUAGUGAAUUCAAAGCCAGCCUCAAAUACAUAGUGAGACAUGGUUUCAAAAAAAGUGAAACUUUUGCAUUAAAGUGUAAGUUUACACUGAUACUAGGAUCUGUGUCGGUGAUUUUUAAAGAGUAGAAUGAGUGGUGCUAUAAGCCUGUAAUCCCAGCACUUCGGAGGCUGAGGCAGGCAGGCAGGAGGAUGGCUUCGAGUUCAAGGCCAACCUGAGCUACGUAGACCUUGCCUCAAAAAAGAGAAACGAUGAGGGUAUCAUGUGUCAGUGUGCAGCUAACUUUUCCCUUUUAGCCAAGUAUGGUAUGAUAUAAUUAAAUCAAAAACUGUUUUGUCUUAGGAGAUGAGUUUUACCGUGUGGGGUGGAAAAUGUGUCUGAAUGUUAAAAGGUUACUUUCUUUUUUAAAUGAAAGUGAUAAAGAGGUAUGCAAGAAAGAUAGUGCAGGCCAAACUCUUCAUGUAGAUCUCAAUAUAUGUAAUUAUCUUAGCUAUCACAUUGUUUUGGAACAUAUAAAAGUAUAAUUAUACAAAGACUUCACUUCAUCAAUAUAAAUAGUCUUGGUUUGGUGUGUAUUGGAUACAAUAGUCCUCCUUAAGCCUAAACACAAAGACAAAAGCAUGUAUUAUAAGAGAAAGCCCAAGAUGGGAAGUGAUAAAAUGAGUAUUGAGUAGAGCUUUGUUAAAAUUUCACUGGUAUCCUUGUAAAAUUUCCAUGUAUUCAUUAAAUUAGAUUAUGUCAUUCUUAUUGUUAGGAGCUGACUUGAAGUUUUAAGUUGCUUUUGUAGAGUUGUCACAUGUCAGUGUUUAGGUAGCUCGAAGAUGCAGGUUUUCUUUCCACUUUUUGGGUAUAAAUAUUUGAAUACACACAGAAGUUGAGAUUGUUAAGUGAGUAGGAUUGUAUAUGUAGGGAAUAUGUGCAUUACACAAAGUCGUCAUCUUAGUUAUUUUGUAUGCUACAAGUUUGAAAAUAGUAAAUUGUUGAGAUUGCUGUUGAUGAUUCAGAAUCUUUGAAUAACCUUUGGUGGUCCCUUUUUUUGUACUGGUAAUUCAGCCUAGGGCUUUUGCACUGAGCAGUAGCCCUAGCCUUUUUUCCCCCUUUAUUUUAAAGUUUUUAAUUUUGAGGCUAGGGUCUCCUCUCUCUUAACUGCCCAAACUAUACUUGAAUUUGUGAUCCUCUUCCCUCAGCCUCCCAGAGUACUGGGAUUACGGGUAUGUGCCAUCCAAAUCUGCUUCUUUGUGUGGCUUCCAAAAAUGUUUAUCAGAUUUUUUUUUUUUUUUUUUUUUUUUUUUGUCUUUUUCAUUUUUAUCGGUACCGGGGAUUGAACUCACGACCGCCUGCUUGCAAGGCAGGUGCUUAUGCCGCUGAGCUAAACCCCCAGCCCCUGUUUAUCAGAUUUUUACUUAACAUUAGUAGGUAUGGUUAAUUCACAGCAAAUGCUAUCUAGAACUAUAAAAAAAACUGGAAUGAUUACUUGUAUCAUUGAACAAUACAAGGUGUCCCAAAAGCCUCAGCAAUUUUAAGCUUUAAAAUUGCAAAAAUGUGAGUGUUUUAAGAAUAAAAGCUCCGUUGGAAAGCUCAAUUGCUUUAAUUUCUUUAGUGAAUUAAGUUGUUCCUUUACUUCAGGCUGGCUAGAGAUGGCAAAUAGACUGAGGUAAAGCAUUGAAUAGAACCGUGUUACUCAGUACUGCUUUGUUUGAAGUUUUAUGUGAGUUACGACCAUUUUUUAAAAUUGCCUUGUGAAAUUACCUGCUUAGGAAUUAGGCAGUAUAUAGAGUUUUAUUAAAAAAAAAAAAAAAAAAAAAAAAACCAGGACUAUGCACUGUUAAGAGCACGAGAAGGGAGGCAGAGGCUGUGCAUUGAGGAUUGGCGGUGCCUGUGGCAGCUCCCUCGUUUAGGGAACAGAUCUGAUGGGCUCCUUAGCCUGGGCUGGAGACGGCAUUUGAAAUCUUUCUCAGUCUACGUGACUUGAAAGGAGCUAUAAACUUCCAAAAUCAAGCACUGCCUGUGUUCAGUGGGACCUGUUCCUGGUAGCUUCGCAUUGUCCUGCACUGCGUUUCCAUUGGCACAGCCGCACACAGCCACCACAGGGUCAUUGUAAUUCAAGGAAGGGUUUGGCUAGGCACAAUGGCCUGUGAGCUCUUCGCCUCCUAGAUAACAUCAAGGCUUGGCCUGUGCUGUGGAGCUGGAACUUGGUGAGCCAGCAGGAUGCAAGUCAUUCACACACGAGGACCUUCGUGAGUGGCAGCGUGGACCUCUGCACACACUGAAAUUAUCUUCAGCUGUUGUGAAAGGCAAGACCUCCCAAACCACUGUAGAUAUGGACAAGGAGGAAAGGAAGAUUAUCAACCAGAGUCAAGAAGAUGAAAUGGAGGUUUAUGGCUAUAACUUGUGUCGCUGGAAGCUUGCUGUCGUGUCUCUGGGCGUGAUCUGCACCGGUGGGUUUCUCCUCCUCCUCCUCUACUGGAUGCCAGAGUGGCGUGUGAAAGCGACCUGCGUCAGAGCUGCGGUCAGGGACUGUGACGUGGUGCUGCUGAGGACAACUGAUGAAUUCAGAAUGUGGUUUUGUGCAAAAAUUCGCUUGCUUACUUUGGAGAAUGACUCAUUUUCGAAUCCCAAAUCCAUACUUAAUAAGAUUUGCAACGGCCAUGGAGUUCAUUUAACUGAGAACCCAGCUGGAGAGAACAGGCAUGAGCCGACUAAAUAUUUACAGACUCAUUCACAGCAGAUUCGUUAUUUCACCCACCAUAGUGUAAAGUAUUUCUGGGAUGAUACCAUUCACAAUUUUGAUUUCUUAAAGGGACUGGAUGAAGGUGUUUCUUGUACGUCAAUUUAUGAAAAGCAUAGUGCAGGACUGACAAAGGGGAUGCAUGCUUACAGAAAAUUGCUUUAUGGAAUAAAUGAAAUUACUGUGAAAGUGCCUUCAGUUUUUAAACUUCUAAUUAAAGAGGUUCUGAACCCAUUUUACAUUUUCCAGCUGUUCAGUGUUAUAUUGUGGAGCACUGAUGAAUACUACUACUAUGCUUUAGCCAUUGUGAUUAUGUCCCUGGUAUCCAUUGUGGCCUCACUGUAUUCCAUAAGAAAACAAUAUGUUAUGUUGCAUGACAUGGUGGCAACUCAUAGUACCGUCAGAGUUUCAGUGUGCAGAGUCAAUGAAGAAAUAGAAGAAAUCUUUUCUACUGACCUUGUGCCGGGAGAUGUCAUGGUCAUUCCUCUGAAUGGGACCGUCAUGCCGUGUGAUGCAGUUCUUAUCAGCGGCACCUGCAUUGUGAAUGAGAGCAUGCUGACAGGAGAAAGUGUUCCAGUGACAAAGACUAAUUUGCCGAAUCCUUCCAUGGAUGUGAAAGGCACAGGAGAGGAAUUCUACAGUCCGGAAACACACAAGCGGCACACUCUGUUCUGUGGGACAACUGUGAUCCAGACUCGCUUCUACACUGGAGAGCUGGUGAAGGCUGUUGUGGUUCGGACAGGAUUUAGUACUUCCAAAGGACAGCUUGUCCGUUCCAUAUUGUAUCCCAAACCAACUGAUUUUAAACUCUACAGAGAUGCCUACUUGUUUCUGCUGUGUCUUGUGGGUGUGGCUGCCAUUGGGUUCAUCUAUACAAUUAUCAAUAACAUUUUAAAUGAGGUGGAAGUUGGGACGAUAAUUGUUGAGUCUCUUGACAUCAUUACAAUUACUGUGCCCCCUGCACUUCCUGCCGCAAUGACUGCUGGUAUUGUGUAUGCCCAGCGAAGACUGAAAACAGUUGGUAUUUUCUGUAUCAGUCCCCAAAGGAUAAAUAUAUGUGGACAGCUGAAUCUGGUUUGUUUUGACAAGACUGGAACUCUUACUGAAGAUGGUUUAGAUCUGUGGGGGAUUCAACGAGUGGACCAUACGCGAUUUCUGUUGCCGGAAGAAAAUGUUUGCAAUGAGACGUUGGUGAGAUCUCAGUUUGUCGCAUGCAUGGCUACUUGUCAUUCCCUCACAAAGAUUGAAGGAGUGCUUUCUGGCGAUCCCCUGGACUUGAAGAUGUUUGAAGCCAUUGGAUGGGUUUUGGAGGAAGCAACUGAGGAAGAAACAGCGCUUCAUAAUCGGAUCAUGCCCACUGUGGUUCGUCCUCCCCAGCAGCUGCUUCCUGAGCCCACUCCGGCAGGAAGUGAAGACAUGGAGCUGUUUGAACUUCCAGCUGUUUAUGAGAUAGGAAUUGUCCGCCAGUUCCCAUUUGCUUCAGCUUUGCAACGCAUGAGCGUGGUCGCCAAGGUGCUGGGAGAGAAGAAGAUGGACGCCUACAUGAAAGGGGCCCCUGAAGUCAUCGCCAGCCUCUGUAGACCUGAGACAGUUCCUGCUGAUUUUGAGAGAGUUCUAGAAGAUUAUACUAAGCAGGGUUUCCGUGUGAUUGCUCUUGCACACAGAAAAUUGGAGUCAAAACUAACGUGGCAUAAAGUACAGAACAUCAGCAGAGAUGCCAUUGAAAACAACAUGGAUUUUAUGGGAUUAAUUAUAAUGCAGAACAAGUUAAAGCAAGAAACCCCUGCAGUACUUGAAGAUUUGCAUAAAGCCAACAUUCGCACUGUCAUGGUCACAGGUGACAAUAUGUUGACUGCGGUUUCUGUGGCCAGAGACUGUGGAAUGAUUCUACCUCAGGAUAAAAUUAUUAUUGCUGAAGCAUUGCCUCCAAAGGAUGGAAAAGUUGCCAAGAUAAAUUGGCACUAUGCAGACUCCCUACCCCAGGGUGGCAAUUCAUCAGCAAUCAGCUCAGAGGUGAUUCCAGUGAAGUUGGCUCAUGAUAGCUUAGAGGACCUGCAGUCCACCCGUUACCAUUUUGCCAUGAAUGGAAAAUCAUUUUCCGUGAUUCUAGAGCAUUUUCAAGAUUUGGUUCCUAAGUUGAUGUUGCACGGAACGGUGUUUGCUCGUAUGGCACCUGAUCAGAAGACACAGUUGGUAGAAGCACUGCAAAAUGUAGAUUAUUUUGUUGGGAUGUGCGGAGAUGGAGCAAAUGAUUGCGGUGCUUUGAAAAGGGCACAUGGAGGCAUUUCCUUGUCAGAACUUGAGGCUUCAGUGGCGUCGCCCUUCACCUCUAAAACCCCCAGUAUUUCCUGUGUGCCAAACCUCAUCAGGGAAGGCCGUGCUGCUUUGAUGACUUCCUUCUGUGUGUUUAAGUUUAUGGCAUUGUACAGUAUCAUUCAGUAUGCCAGUGUUACUCUGCUGUAUUCCAUCUUAAGUAACCUAGGAGACUUCCAGUUUCUCUUCAUUGACAUGGCAAUCAUUUUGGUACUGGUAUUUACAAUGAGUUUAAAUCCUGCCUGGAAGGAACUUGUGGCACAGAGGCCACCUUCAGGUCUCAUAUCUGGGGCCUUGCUCUUCUCCGUUCUGUCUCAGAUGAUCAUCUCCAUUGGAUUUCAGUCUCUGGGGUUUUUCUGGGUCAAGCAGCAGCUUUGGUAUAAAGUGUGCCCUCCAUAUCUAGACGCUUGUAAUACAACGGGAAGCCUGCAUUGGAAUUCUUCACACUCAUGCAAUGAAACUGAACCAGAUAAAAUUAAAAAUUACGAAAACACCACAGUGUUUUUUAUCUCCAGCUUCCAGUACCUCACAGUGGCAGUUGUCUUUUCAAAAGGAAAACCCUUCAGGCAACCUUGCUAUAAGAAUUAUUUUUUUGUUGUAUCUGUGAUUAUUUUGUCCUUUUUCGUAUUAUUCAUCAUGUUGCAUCCAAUUGCCUUUGUUGACGAGGUUCUUGAGCUCGUGUGUGUCCCGUAUGAGUGGCGCAUCACCAUGCUCCUCAUUGUCCUCCUCAAUGCCUUUAUAUCUGUCACGGUGGAGAGCUUCUUCCUUGACAUGGUCCUUUGGAAAGUUGUGUUCAAUCGAGACAGACAAGGAGAGUGUCGCUUCAGCACCGCACCACCGCCACAGGAGUCCGUGGAUUGGUGGGGGAAAUGCUGCUUUUCCUGGGCGGCCCUGCACUGUCGGAAGAAGAUUCCAAAGGCGAAGUACAUGUGCCUGGCCCAGGAGCUGCUGGUGGACCCAGAGUGGCCACCGAAGCCCCAGACAACAACAGAAGCCAAAGCUUCGUCCAAAGGGAAUGGAGCGUGUCAGGUCAUCACCAUAGGGAGUGACCCGGUCUCUGCGGUGUACUAGGGUGGCAUCCGGGACUCUCUAAUCCUGUGCGCCAGAGCACGCCACCCCAUCCCGCCAGCGCUCAGGAGAGUGUGGGCCUCGUCCUUACAGUAGCGCUCAGCCUAUCUGUGUUCGGUCACCAGCCUAAGUUCUGCACAUGUUUCCAGAGCUGCUUGUUACCCUCAGCGAUGCUCUUUGUAUUGGAUACAGGAGAAACGAGGGCUUUUUGAGACUGGUUCCCUCUCUUACUUUCACAACUCCCUUAUUAGAAAAACUCAUAUUUCUAUUAUGGACCUUGCUUGUGUGAUUGAUAAAAAAUGGGUGUCCAUUGGCUGUCAGUGAAAACAACUGGAAAGGCCGUGUCCUUUGAUGCAGUACUUCUCCCCAGCUCUCUCUGUGACAUGCACUGGCUCCCUUCGGGGUCUGGAGUGAGCUGAGUCACAUUGCUUAGAGAGCUCGGGUUUCCAUGCAGCUUCUGUUCUCUGUCCAAGCUGCCAGCUUCAGGUUUUGUGAGCAGAGUCACACUGCAGCCUUCAUGAUGAGGCAGCAGGUGAGGGUCUCUUUGUGGACGUGGAGCCCGGCUUGCUUCAGUUCCGUGUUGUCAGACCUUUUCACUCAGAAGGAAAGAUUUCUCUGGGCAGGACGUGUAGAGCUACCUUUUUAAUACCUCCUCACUCCUGUUUUUUUUUUUUUUUUUUUUUUCCAGGCUUAGUAUUACUUUAAGCGUCUUUUUAUUAUUAUUUCCAUUUUUGAUUACCUAAAAGCAUAGGCUAAGAAUGAAUUUUGGGUUUUGUUUCAGAAUUUUACCUUGAAUGUUUUUUUAAGCUUUGGUGUGUAAGUCUCCUAUCAAUAAUGAGAUUUUUACAGUAGAGCAUUGGAUUUGAACAAAGCAGCUGGCGCUUGGCAGUUUGUUUUGUGCCACCAGGUGGUGCCAGAGCUCCAAGCACGCCUGUUUUGUUAAAGAGGAGCACAAAGUUCUGGGAGGAAAAAAAUCUGAAGAAGUAAAGUUAAGAUAUUUGCAAAAAAGUACAGAGAGUAGUUUUCACUUCUCUGUUUUACCUGGUUAGUCUUUAAAUUCUAAAGGAACUUAAGGUAACUUUUAAAAUGCCAUUAUAAACGGGAUCCAGCAGUUUGGCACAGCCCACAGUCACGAGAAACACGGGACAGUUCCUACUGUAAGAUGGCCCUGAAGUAUGAAAACUUUUUUAUUUUUAUUCUAUGGUCUUGCUUAACUGCUCAUGUGCAUGUGCACUUCACACUGGCGGGUCAUUGUUUUCCCACACAAAUGUCCCAUUUACCCAGGCGCUACCCAGACUUGGGCUCCAAACGCAUCUCACUGUGCUGCUGAGACCUGAAGGACGUCGGCUAACAGCGGCGUGCGUGGCACUCAGGGCCUGCCUGCUUGCAGCUGCCACUGGUGAUUCCUACCAGAUACAAUCCAGGCUUCCCAUCGAAAUGCGUAACAUAAUAAUCCACAGUAGAUGAUCAGAAGUUUCUCGACCAGUGAUUCUAUGAAGCUAUGCAUCUCAGACCUCUUAGGCUGUGAGUUAGCGCUGUUUUCUGUAGUUAGUCUCUGUUUUCUGGUUUCUAUAUUAAUUUUAAAUAUGCUCAAAUGUUCUUAAGUGAUUUUCAGAAUUGUAAAUUUUAUUCUUUGGUUUAAAUAUUGAAGCUUAUAAUUAAAGCGAUUGCUAAGGAGCAGCUUACAAAUCCAAACAAUUAGAUUGUAUUUAACAUCUUUAAGAGCAGGAUCAUAAAGAGCUAUUUUUGACACGUGCAGGCUUUUACCCCUCAGAGUCGCAGGGGUUUGUGGCUCCUCUGUCUCUGCUGUCCGAAAGGAAUGCAGUGGGGGUAGAUGCAAGCACAGUCUCGGCAGGUGGGUCCGUCCCAUUGAGAAUGUCAUUUGAAGGACACCUGGGCAGCCAGGUGUCAGUGCUCACAGUGCCAUAGAUAGACCGAGUCCUCUGUGGGUCACUGUGCAUAAUAGUCAUUUUGGUUUUGAAUUUUACCUUAAAUUAUUUGAGUGUAAACAAAACUAAAUUUAAAAAUCUUAUCUGUACAUAUAUUAGUUUGAUGUAUUAAGAUUGCUAAAUAUUGCUAAUUUAAAUUUUAUUUAUGCACCUAAAGGACAGAAAUGUCCAGGAAAGUAAUUGUUAAAUAAUGAUAUGUAACUUUGUAACUUUUUAAAUAAAUGGCAGGAUUUUUAAUGUGUGUCUCCCUCAGGGUUGUUGAAAUUCUUCCCGCUCCUUCAAACUCAGUGCUGUUCUCUGGCUCCUAGCACUGGCUGCUGUAGGCUGGGCUGCAGGCGAUCCUGCAUCCCGGGGCUAAGCCACCAUUACAGUGAAGCCUUUCACAGUCCCAGUCGUUUAUGACCCUUCAGUUGCAGCUCUCCAAACCGCCUUGCAUUUGAACAGAACCAUUGCAAUGUGAACUGUUUGCCCAGACGACAGCAGUGCUGCAGGGCUCCCGAGGCCGGCAGGAUAACUCUUCAUAAGGUGUGAGGCCCGACCAGAGCACGUCUGGGCGGCAGAGCCCACACGCCACAAGACGUUCUGAUACUUAAGCAUGUGAUUUUGACAUACCUGAAACAAGUUUUUAUAUGUUUAUGGAGGGAGGGGAUAGGGCGGUUUUAACAAAGUAGGAUGUUAAUUUUUGUACAGUCAUGGGCAUUUACGCAUAUUUUUAAUGUAUUAAAAUUUGAUAAUUAUGUGCACAUGAAAUUAAUAGUUACUUCCUGUUAUGAUUUGUGAAUCCCUAAGACUUUGGAUUUUUUUAGUAACUUUUUAUCAGAAAUGAUACUGCAUCUUUAUAUUUUUAAAAUUGUAUUGCUGCUUAAGAAUGGUACCCUGUUGUCAAAAGGCCUAUGUGCGUAAUUGUACAUUCAGCAUUGUAAAUAACCUUAGGAAAUUUUUUGAUUGAAGCUAUUAAAUAAAAAUCUAAAUGGUA